GCUCCGCCCCGAUAACCCUUACCUGGCCCCGCCCCCUUACCUGGCCCCGCCCCGAUAACCCUAACUCGGCUCCGCCCUUUACCCGGACCAGCCCCGCCACUCUGUAUUGCGGAGAGGGAUAGAAAAGGGGCGUGGCUUCUGUGAGGCCAUCAGCCAAUGAGCGCUGCAGGUCAGUGUGAGUGGCACCUGCGCUGGCCAAUUGGAGCGGGGCUCAGCGCUACGCGGGCUGCAGGAAAGAUGGCGGAGGCCGCGGCCGCCUCGGUGUAUGAGCAACUGAAGGAGCUGCGCUGCCCCCUGCUGGACGGAGUUUUCCUGCCCGAGCCCGGGGCGGCCCUGGGGCUCCUCUGCGCCCCCUCGGCCCAGCGCCUGGAGCUGCUGGCCUGGCUCUGCGCCCGAAAUGGCCAAACUGGGCUCCGACCUGCUGCUGUGUCGAUCAGACGAGCUUGAUCUCAUUGAGGGGGAGGCCAGUGCCGAGCGGCAGCUCCGGUUCAUGGAGCAGCUGCUGGAUGUGAUUCGGUACCUGGACGCCAUCACUGGGACGGACACCGGGGACUCGACCACCUCCAGCAGGGAGGAGUCGCUCCGGGGGGCCGCGAGGAAGAACGAGGAGUUCCUUCGCGAGGUCUUCUCCAGCCCCAGUUUGCCGGCCUUGCUGGCCCCCACCCUGCCCCCCUGCACCGCCGACAUCAAGCCGCUGCUGCUGGAGGAGCUGGCCCCGCACAUGAGGAGCCGGCUGUCAGGGAGAUCCAGUGGGAAGACGCUGGCUGAGCUCUCCAGCACCCUGGAGGAGGCAAACGCCGCACUGGAGCGGCUGAGCGCAGAGGUGUGCUUGCUGGGGGGAAGCCGAGACUUCUGGGGGAACCGUACAUCCGGGAACAGAGUUAGAUCCCUGUGCACUCUGGAGCUCCUCCCUGCGGGGGGACACGGAGCCCCUGGCCCCUGGCACUGCCCUGCAGACCCUGGCGCUGGCAGCCUGCGACUCACACCAGCUGAUGGCGGCCUUCAGGCAAGUGUACGAGACAGAGCUGCGGGAACACUGCGUCCGUGGCCCCGCCCCACGGCUCAGCCCCUGUGGUCCCCUGGCCCAGCACCUGCACCAGGCCCUCACCCUCUGCACCCAGGAGCUGCGGGCGCUGGCCCAGCUGAGCGACACCUCAGAGCAGGUGGUGCAGACGGUGGAGCGGAGACGCGGCGAGCAAGGCACCAGCCCCCCAGUGACACUGCCUGCGAGGAUGGAGGAGCUGCGUCGGCGCUACCAGGCCCGCCUGGCCGCUGCCGGUGGGCUGCCGGGGUGACCCCAGGACUGGGCUGGGGAAGGGGAGAAGGGUGGGGAGCUCCAGGGCCCCCAUCCCACAAGGGAGCUGCUGUCCCACUAUUCCUGGGAUAAUAAAAGAGUAAUUAAUUAUUAA